ACGGACUUGGGCAUACUGGCUACGUACAAAAUCGCCUAGGCCCCUUCCGCCAUGUAGAAUUUCAUCGCUGCCAACGUUGCUGCCGUUGUCUCAAGAUGGAUGAUGAUAUUUCAGCAGACGUCAAUAUCCUAUCACAGUAUCUGUCUAGACCGGAUGUCGCCUCUCUCUCGUCUGUCGGACAGGUAGAUUGCAUCGUGCUAUGCGUCAGCUCCGUCCUGUACAGCGCCCAAACAGUCUUCGACACCCUCGUGCAGCAGCCUAGCCUCACCAAAACCCUUGUGCUUUGCGGCGGCCUUGGCCACUCAACCGAGCUCGUACACAAGGCCGUCGCCCUUCACCCGACAUUCAAGAGCAUAGCUGCCGAGAUCUGUGGGCUGCCCGAAGCCCAAGUCCUCUAUGCUAUCUGGAACUCGUUCUACGCAAGCCAGGUCGACCCCAGCGCUGCACCUCGAAUCCUUAUCGAAGAUCGCUCCACGACCUGCGCUACCAACGCGACGGAAGCACGCAAGCUGCUCGAAGCAAGCGCGCCGCGCUCCAUUGUGGUGAUUCAAGAUCCGACCAUGGUUCGACGGACGGUGGCAUGCUUCGAUCGUGUCUACUCGGACAUGGCGCAGCCCCCGACAAUUCUUGGCUGUCCGAUCUUUGUUCCUCGCGUAAAGUGUGACGGCACUAGCGGGCAGCUGGCAUACGAAACACCGCCGGUCAACGAAGCAUUGAUGUGGAAGAUGGACCGUUUCUUGCAGCUGGUCAUGGGCGAGAUUCCGCGAUUGAGAGAUGACGAAAACGGCUACGGUCCCAAGGGCAAUGGCUCCAUCGUCCAUGUGGAUAUUCCCGAUGAGGUUGAGCAGGCUUACACGCGGCUUGCCGGCAAGAUUGCGCACCGUAGAUGAGAGUAUUCGGUAGUGAUUCGCCGGGUGUCCGAGAUGAGCUCGUGCAGCCGCACAUUAGGCUUAUUUUGUAUAGACGAAAAAUGAGAUAGAGUAUCC